AUGGUAAUAAAAAAAAAUAUAAAUGAAGAAAAUGAAAAAACUUUAUAUACAAAAAUUAAUGCCUUAAAGAGAAAGAAUGUUAAAAAGAGAUAUGCUAAAAUAAAUUUAGAAAUAAAUAAUUUGAAUAAUUCAAAUAAUAAGAAUAAAAUAAAUAAUAUUGAAAAUGAUGAAAUUAGAUGGAAUAAUUUAAAUAAUGAAAGUAAUAUAAAUUAUGAAAAUAAUGAUAAUAAAACAAAAAUGGAAAGUAAUGCUAAUACAGAUUUAUAUAUUCAUGAAAAAGAUAAUUGGGUACAAUGUGAUUUAUGUGAGAAAUGGAGAAAGUUACCCUCAAAUGUUAAUAUGGAAAGCUUACCAAAGGUUUGGUAUUGUAAUUUGAAUAAUGAUGAAAAAUAUAAUUCUUGUGAUAUAGAAGAAGAAGUUGUUACUUAUAAUUAUGAUUGUAAUAAAAAUAAUCCACCAAAUAUUAUAAAUAGUACUGAUUCUAAUCAUAAUAUUCAAUCAUAUAACGCAGAAAAUAAUAAUAAUUAUUAUUAUUCAGAAGAAUCAAAUGAAAAAAAAUUGACUAAUUUUUCUAAUUUAGAUGUUUAUAAUUUUAAUUUUACAAGUAAAUCUGAAAAGAGUCAGCCAAAAAAUAAUACUUAUUUAGAAAAUGAUAAGAACAUUUCUUAUAACGAAUAUCAUGAUUAUAAAAGUAAUAAUGAUUUAAAUAAAUUUCCAAACAAAGAAAAAAUAAAUGAAAAUAAUAAUUUUUUAAAUAGUGAUCAGUAUAUUUCUCACUUUAAUAAUAAUUGUUCAACAAAAAAUGCAGAAAAUGAAGAAAAAAAAAGAAAAAAAAAAAAAAACAAUAAUGAUAUGGAUAUACUACUACAAAAGAAAAAAAAAAAAAAAGGAACUGAAAGAAAAAAUAGAAAUUUUUUAAAAAAAAAUUUUAAGAAAGAAGAAAAUAGAAAUUAUCUAGGUAUAAAUAAUAUAAAUUAUUAUUCAGAUACUAUUUUUAAUAAUAAUACUCAAUAUAAUGUGCAAGAUGUAUAUAGAAAUUGUAAUAAUAUAAAAGAAUUAGAAGAAAAAAAUCAAAAAAAUAUUAUUAGUGAUGAUGAUAUAUUACAUAAAGAACAAAACAGUUAUUUUAAUGUAUAUACAAAAAAGAAAAAUGAUAUAUAUAUAUAUGAAAAAAGCAAUAGUGAUGGAGGUAUAUAUGAAAAAAAAAGGGGUGGUGAUAUAAUUAAAUAUAAACAAUACUUAAGUGAUACAAAUAUAAAAAGUUAUAUAAGAAGAUGUAUCAAUGAUAAAAAGGCAAAUAAUCCACUAUCAUUUUAUUCGUAUAAGCAUUAUAUGAAAUAUAGCAAGUUGCAUAAAAAAACAGAUAAACAAAUAAAUGAAAAAAAAAGUAAAAAAGAUGAUGAUAACUAUAAUUUAAAUAUAAAAAGUGAAAAUAUUUGGAAUAAUGAUUUUUUAAAAAAUAAGUUAUUAGAAAAUAAUAUGAUUAUGUCGAAAAUAUAUUCUGAUUUAAGAAAAAAUCAGAACAAUAAUGAAAAUUAUGAUUACAACGAUAAUAAUUUUGUUGAUAAGAGAGAUACAAUUAAUAAUACUGAAAAUAAUAAUAUGAAUAACAAAUGUUCUGUUAAUAAUAAUAAUGCAGUAAAUAGUAGUACUGUUAAUAACGUAGUAAAUUGGGUUCAAUGUGAGCUUUGUAAAAAAUGGAGAAAAUUAGAUUAUCAUAUUAAUAUUAAUUUAUUACCUGAUAAGUGGUAUUGUUUUUUAAACUUUUGGAGCUCUUAUAAUAACUGCGAUAUGGAAGAAGAGAUAUACGUAGAAGAAAAUAUCAUUUUAGAAAAUACAGAAAAUAAAAAUUUGCAAAAUAUAGAAAGUAAAAGCUCACAUUCUUAUAAUUUGAUUAAUCAAAAAAAGGAAAAAAAUAUUGUAAAAGAUUUUUUAAAUAAUAUUACUAAAAAUCCAAAUAAAAAUAGUAAUGAUACAAAAUUAAAAGUAAAUAAAAAUAACAAAAAUAUAAAUAAUAAUGAUAAUUCUAGUAAAAUAUAUGAUAGUAGCAUUUUCAUUUCAAAUAAUGGAAAUAAGAGUUUUUCUAUAAAAGAUAUUUCAUAUAUAAAUGGUUAUGAAAAUAGUGGCUAUAAUAACUAUACAUUAAGUGAUAGCAUAUUAAAUGAUGAUACGUUAAAUGAAAACUUAUUAUCUUUUAAAGAAAAUGAAUCUCAUAAUUUAUCAGUGAAUUUAUUAUAUAAUCAACCAAAGAAUAAUUAUAUAUCACCAAUAAAUUAUGAAAAUAAUCAAUUGUUAUAUCAUUAUUAUGAAAAUAAUGAAGAAAUUUGCAAUAAUAAAGAUAUAGUCAAUCAUAAAAAAAAAUGGAAUAAAAAUGAAACAUCUUUUAAUAAUUUUUCGGUUUCUACCUCUACAUCACAUGAAAAAAGUUUUCUUUCUAAUUCCUUGAAUAUAUCUAAAAACUCCUCUUCAGAUAAAGUUUAUAAGAAUAAGUAUAUAAAAGAGAAUAACGACAACUUAUUAGAAAAAGAAAUAAGCAAUAAAAAUAUUAGUGUUCAAGAAGAUAAUAAUUAUUGGGAUAUAUUAAAAAAUAGCAAAUUAUGUUAUUAUUUAAAUCAUGAGAAUUACUAUAAGAUGUUCCAUACUUUACCAAAACUGAAUUAUAAUUUUAGUGAUAAUGAUAGUAAAAUUUUAAUAGGUAGUAAUUCAAAAAAUAUAAAUUUUUUUGAAAAUAAUUCUUGUUGUUCAAGUACUUUUGUUGAAGUAAAAAGAUAUAAUUCAUUUAAUUUGAAUAAUAUAAAUAUUUCUGAAAAUAUUAAAGAAAAAAAUUAUUUAUCAGAUAGCUUUUUAAUAAAAAAAGCGCACAAAAAAAAAAAAUUUAUUAGCCAUAAUUGUGAAUAUGUUGAUAAGAAAAAUGAAUUAGCAGAACAUUUGAAUUAUGUUUAUAAAAAUAUGCAUAAUGAUAUAAAAUUUCCUUGUCUUGGUGAUGGUGAGGAUGAAAAUGAAGAUGGAUACAAUGAUGCUGAUGAUAAUAAUAGCAAUUCUAAUUUACGAAGUCCACUCCUAGAAUUAGAUGGGAAAAGUAAAAAUCAAACUAAAAAAAAGAAAAUGGAAAAUGAAAAUGAAAUUAAAACCUCAUAUAUAUAUAAUUUUGUGAGAGAUAUCCCUAAUUUAGAAAAUAAAAAAAUAGACAAUUUAGAAAAUAACUUUAAUUAUGUGAAUAAUUUUAAUAAUUUAAAUACUUCGUUUAUUAGUUAUAAGGAUGAUAUUAAUAAUGAUAAUAAUUGUGAAGAAGAAAAUUUCAAUAAUAAUAAUGAAAAUAGUAAUAUUUGUGAUAUAUUAUUUAGUAGGAUGAAAAGUGAAAAAUAUAAAGGUACUAUUAUUAAUGAAAAGGUAAAUAAUGAACUAUUUUAUAAUAAGACAAAUAGUUAUGAAAUUCAUAAUAAUUAUAAUAGUAGUAAUAAAGAUUUAUUAUUACAUGACAAAGUAAGUGAGAUUAAUUAUGAAAAUGAAGAUGAUAAGUAUAAAGAAAGUAAUAUUACAUUUAAUAAUAAUUUUCUUGAUAACAGAGAUAAAAGUGUAAAUAAUGAAGAUAAUGACAAAAUAAUUUCAAAUUAUUUAUGUUAUAAUAAUAAUGAAAAAAUAGAAAGUAAAUUAAAUUUUUCUAUUUCAAAUGAUGAUACAAAAUGUAUUCGAUCAAAUGCUUCAACUUUUAAAUAUAUUCACAAUUUAAAAGAACAACAAGAAGAUGAAAGUUUUUUUCAUACUAAUAAUUUUAACAAGGAAUCAAAUGUUUUAAGUAAGUCAUUAGAUCAUUCAAAUUUGUAUUCCAGUUUAUUCUCUCAAGAAAACUUUCAAGAAUUAAUAGAAAAUUAUGAUUUAAAUAAUAGAAAAAAUAGAAAAAAAACAUAUAGUAGUAGAUCGUUAAGCAAUUUUAAUCCUAAUGAUCUUAAUUAUAGUUUCAUGAAUAACGAUAUAAAUACACAAAAAAAUAUUUCAAAUGAUAAAAGUAACUUGAACAGUUACAAUAUACAAUUAUCAGAAAAUAAUUAUAAUAAUAAUACUGAUAAUAAUAAUGAAUAUAAUAAUAAUAAUAAUAUAAAAUUAAAAAAAGAAAACCUGAACUUUUUAAAAAAUAAUUUUGAUAAAUUACUAAUAGAAGAUUUUAUUAAAAUAAAAAGUUAUUUAAAUGGAAAAAAUAAUAAUAAUGAUUUUAAUAAUUCUUCUAAUGAUUCAUUUGAUAAAAUAAUGAAAACAUUUCCAGUGAAGGAAAUUAAUGAUAAAAAUAAUAAAAAAAAUAACCAAUUCACUCUACAAAAAAGUGCUUUAAAAUACUCGUUACUUUUAAAUAAAAAUGAUACAAAAAAUGAGACUACUUUUAAAAAGAACACAAAAAAUAAUUCACAUAGUAAUAAAAAAAAUUAUGAAAAUAAAAUUAAAAACUUGAAAACACACAGUGAGAAUUCAAAAAAUAUUAACAAUGGAAAUUUACCAAGUAAUGAAAAAAAAAAUUUAGAUAAGGAAAAUAAAAAAGGGCAAAAGGAUUACAAUGAAUAUAUAACAUUUAAUAUGAAUUUUAACGAAAAUAAAAAUAAUAUGAAAGAAUUAAUUAAAAAUAGAAUUAAUCAAUUAAAUACAAGCUCUAAAGGAAAUACAAAUAAUAUAGAAAAUAAGGAUGAAAAAUGCGAAAAUGGUAAAAUAAGGAUGACUAUAUUAAAUGCAAAGCACUCAAAAAAACAUAUAUUAAGUAACCGCAUAAUUAUUUAUUCCAAAGGGGUAUCUUUAGCUUAUAAUGUUGAUGAAAUAAAUAAGAAAAGUAUUUUUUUUUAUAAUAAUGAAGAAAACAAUAAUAAAUGCAAAAAGAGUCAUGAUGAUAUUAAUAAAGAUAUCCAGAAUGAAAUAGAAAGUAAUAUAUAUUUUAAUUAUGCAAAUAAUAUUAAUUUUAAUGAAAAUGAUAACAAUAAUUCUAAUAAAAUAAAAAAAAUAGGUACUACUGUUUUUAAUUACGAUUUUAAAAAAAUGAUUAAUGAAAUAAGCGUAUUUAAUGAUAAUUUAAAAUAUCAGAUACCUCAAUUAAAAUAUAAAUUUAAAAAAUACAUUAAUAUACAAGAUGAAAAAAAAAAAAUUAUAUGUAUGAAUAAAGAAAAAGAAGAGUAUAGAAAAAUUUACACAAAUACAAUAGAUGAUUCAUUUGCUUUAGGAAAUAAUAAUGGAGAAAAAUACAAAAAAACUGACAAAAAAAAAUCCAAAUUAAGAAAUACAAUUGAUGAUAAAUUUCAUAAUAAUGAAUUAGAUUUUCAAGAUCAAUCAUUUAUUGUAAAUAAAUAUAAAAAAGAAAUUAAUGAACUAACAGAAAAUGUAAAAGAUUUAAAAAAAAACAAAGUAAGACACAGUAAAUGUUAUUUAAAUAAUAUAGAUACCAAUAUUAUUAAAAAUGAUGAUGAACUUAUUAAUUAUUGCAAUAAUAACAAUUUUCUUAAUGGUAAUAUCAACACAUCAGACAAAGAUAAACAAAUAAAGGAGUUUAGUCAUAUGAAACAAAAUUUAAAUGAAAGUAUCAAAAGAACAUACAAGAAAAUGAAAGAUAAUAUAGAGAAAUUAAAAUCUUCUUUAAAUGUUUAUGAAGUAAAAAAAAAUAAUAAAUUGUACAAGGAAAAUAAAAAAAAAACUAAAACACUGACGGAAAAUAUGGUUAUUAAUAAGAAGAAAGAAAUUAGAUCAAAGAAAACUUUAAAAAAAAAAAAGAAAAAAAAAAAAAAUUCUAUUAGUUCGUCAAAAAAUAUGGAAAGGAAUGAAAUAAAUAACCAAUCCAUUUUAAAUGAGGAUUAUUCUAGAAAAAGAUUAAAAAAUGAAAAAAGAAACAAAAAGAUGAUUCUUUAUAAAGAAAAUAAAAGAAUAAAAACAAAGAUACUGAAUGAUGAGCAGUCUAAAGAGAAAAAGACAGAAAAUGUAACGGUUGAUGAAGAAAAAGAAAAUAUUAAUGAAAAAAUAAAAAAGAAAAAAAUAAAAGAAAAAAUAUUUGAUUCAGAAAAAGUAAAUAAGCAAAAUAUUAAUGUAAUAAAUGAAUAUAAUCAAGUUAUAAAUGCAAAUGAAUCAAAUCAAAUUAUAAAAAAAAUGGAUGAGCUAAAAGAUAAUUUUAUUAUCUCUAAUUUUACCACUAUGAAAAAAAAAGAAGGUGAUAUCUGUAAUAAAAUGGAAAUAGAAGAAGGAAAUAUAAAUUUUAAUGAAAAUGGUAAUAUCAGUAAAAUUAAAAUGAGCAAAUGCAUGAAGAAUGGGCAGAAAAAUAGUAAAGAUUACUCUAAAGGAAAUAGUGAAAAUUCAAAUUUUUCUCAUAUGUUGAAAAAAAAAAGAAAAAAAAUUGAAAGAAAUGAAAUUUAUGAGAAAGAUGAAAAAAAUGAAAAUGAUAAACAAGAUGAAUCAAUAAAAAAUACUUUCAACGAUAAAUUAGGAAAUUUGAAGAAAGAAGAAAUUGAAAAAAACGAAAGGGAAAUAAAUAAAAAUUCUCCUCAGCAUUAUCAAGAUAAUUCUAAUAUGAAAUUUUACAGUAAUAAAAAUAAAUUGGACCAUAUAAAUAAUGAUGAAAAUGAAGUUAAUAAUAAAGUUAAUUAUGAUACUUAUGAAAACAAUAAUGAUAUGAAGAGUGUAUCGGAAACAAAAGAAAGAAAUUUUAUGGAUAUUUCUGAAAGGGAUAAUACGCAUAAUUCAAAAGAGUUACGUGAUAUUUUUAAUAAAUCAAUUCUGAAAAAGAAAAAAAUAUAUAAAUUAAUAACAAGAGAAACUUUAAGUGAUAUGGAUAUUAAUGAUAUAUAUGAUAUAUCAUCAUACAAAAAUAUAAUUUUAAAUGAAUGUGAUGUUAAAGUAAAUGAGAUGAAAAUUUCCGAUAAUGCAUAUAAAAAAAAUAAAAAGCAAAAAAAAAUAGAUGAAACUUAUUAUAGUGAUUCUUUUUAUUAUAUACAAGGAAAUAAUUUAAAAAAAAGUAAGAAAGAUAUUAGCAAUAAAAGUGUGUAUAAUUUUUUCAAGGACUUAAGGAAAAAAUCAUCUUUAAAAAUAGGUAUUGAAGAAAAAGAAAGAAAAAAAGAUUUAUCUAAAAAAGAAUUGAAACAUAAACUCAUGAAAAAUAAUGAUUAUCACCUACUUGAGAAGGAGAAAAAAAACAAACAUAAUUUAUUUAAUUCCAAUUUAUACAUUAGAAAAGAAAGUUAUGAGAAAAAAGAAAAAUACAAAAACAAUAGUAUAGAUAAUGUUAAAAUAAAAAAUGAGAAAAGAAGCACAAGUAAAAAUUAUGAAAAAGAUUACUACAUUAAAGACUACAUAGAUAAAAAAAAUGUUAAGUCAGAAAAAGAUUACAAGAAAAAUGAAAGUGAUAUAAAUGAAUACUUUGAGGACAAGAGAAAUAAUAAUAAAAAUAUGUAUAAGAACGAUAAAUUUUACAAAAAUGUGUAUAAUAAAGAAGAAAAUAAUAAAUAUAAAACAGAUAUGAGAUAUAGUCAUAGUAAUGAAGAAGAAAAAAAAAAUUAUAAAUUAAAAAAUUAUAAAAUUUAUGAAUAUACGAAUAUGUCUAAAUAUGAAGAUGGCAAUUUGUCAAAUCGUAAAACCAAAAAUGUUGAUAAAAAUUAUUCAUUUAAUGAUAUCGAUUAUAAGAGGAACCAUAAGAGUAAUGAAAGCAACACAUAUCACGCAUAUAAGUCAAAAGUUAAUUAUUUAAAUGAGAAGAAAUUCAAAAAUCAUAAUUUAGAAGAACAAAAUGAUUAUGAUCAUAGAUAUUAUAAAAAAUAUAAGUAUUAUGAUUAUAAAGAAAAUAAAAAUGAGUAUACUAAGAGAAAAUAUAGUAAUUUGUCAUAUCAUAAUAAAACAUAUUUCAAAGAUGAUAAAAACGUAAGCGGAGACAAAAGUAUAAUAAAAGAACGAGGAAUAAAUAUUUCUGAAAAAUCGAAAAGAUUUAAACUUGAUAAUGUUGAAGACGAUGAUAAAUAUGAAAGUGAUAGAAAAUAUAAAGAAAAACAUAACAAAUAUAAAAAUGAUGAUAAAUAUGAAGAUAAGUAUUACAUUAAAUAUAACAAAUUUAGUAAUAAGUAUGAUUAUGUAAAUAAACACGAUAAAUAUGAUAACAAAUAUAGCAUGUAUGAAUCAAAAUAUGAAAAUAAGUAUAAUAAAAAUGAAAAUAAAUACAAAAAUGAAAGUAAGUAUGAUAAACGAGAAAAUAAAUACUACAAAUAUGAAAGUAGAUAUGAUAAAUAUGAAAAUAAACAUUAUUAUAAAAAUGAAGAAAAACAUGGAACCAAGAAUGAUAAAAAUUUUGAAAACAAAUAUAUUUCGAAAAACGUUUUAAAAAAUGACAAGAUUAAUAUAAAAAAUAUAAAGGAUGAUACAAAUAAUGAUACAAUAAAAGAUUAUAAAAGUGAAAAUCCAAAUGAUCGUAAUAAAAAAGAUGACAGUACUUGCAAAAAUAAUAAAGAUAAAAAAGAAAAAAAUAUGCUGAAUGAAAGUAAUAAUAGUGAAAAAACAAAAGAAAUUACUUUGAAUGGUAAUAAUGAUGAAAAUAAAAGAAAUUAUGAAGACGAGAAGUUGCAUAUUAACGAUGAUAAUAGUGUUAAUAAGGUGGAAUGUGUUCCUAAAAAUGAUAAAAUAGAAAAUUAUAAUUUAAAAAAUAACAAGCAUGAUAAAAAAAAUCUUAGUAGUGAUUCUGAAAAAAAAAAUUUUGAUUUUAAUAAAACAUACGAAAAAUCAAAUUGUGAUUUCAAUUUUAAGUACGAAAAAAAUAAUCCUGAAAAAAAGAUAGAUAUGAAAAGUCGUAAUAAAGAAAAUGAUUAUAAAUACUGGGGAGAUAAUCAUGAUGAAGAUAUUCAUUAUAAAAAUAAGUAUAAAGAUAGUUUUGAAAAUGAAGAAAAAUAUAUUAACUAUAAUUAUAAUAAAAAAAAUGAUAAUUUCCAUAUUUAUCCUAAUAGAAAACUUAUAAAUAAAAAUUAUAAAAAUUAUUAUUCCAACAGAAGUAAUCAGAAUAGAGAAGAUAUAAACAAAAAAAUAAAAAAUGAUAAUUAUACAAAUGUAAAAAAUUUUAAGCAUAUUAACAGUAUGCAUUUAAAAAAAAAAGAUCAAAUGCUUUUUAAAAAAAGUUAUAAAAUUCAAAAUAAAUAUUUACAUGAUAGUAAUUAUAUACAAGAUUUAAAUAAAUAUGAAAAUUCUUAUAAAAAAAAAAAUCAUUUUUUUUCAAACGAUUAA